AUGGACCAUCCUAAGGCCAACAUAAGUCCGAGUACUGAAAUCUCUCCAGUCACCAUUCCAAACCUCGAAGAACCGGACCUGGAGCGAAACCCUGAAAAAUCCCAAGAUGUGGAAAUAUCGAUGACAACCGAGAAACCACACACCUCACAAGAGCGAGAGGGGGUGGAUAACACAAUAUCAAUGCCUAAAAAACCAGUCUCAUUUAAACUAGCUUUCGUAGGGCUUGCGGCCAGCCUUUUCGUAUUCCAGGUGGACGCAACCUGUCUGGGUGUUGCCCUUCCAACUAUAGCAGGCGAGCUGAAGGGCUCAAGUUUAGAGUCAUUCUGGGCGAACCUCGCCUACACCCUAUGUGGACUGGUAACGCAGCCAGUCUGGGCCAGUAUUUCUAAUGCGUUCGGUCGAAAGCCCCCUCUAUACACAUCUAUGGUGUUAUUUUUUGUCGGUUCCGUCGUUUUCGCUACAGCACAAAACAUGAGCACCAUAAUUGUUGGACGGGUCCUCCAAGGCCUCGGCGGUGGUGGAAUUGACCUUCUGGUAAUGGUGAUUCUCGCAGAUAUGACGACACUAGAAGAACGCUCAAAAUAUCUCGGCUUAAUGGCCAUUCCUUCAGCCAUUGGGAAUAUCAUGGGGCCCGUCGUCGGUGCGCUUUUCGCGACCUAUGCUACCUGGAGAUGGAUCGGAUGGAUCAACCUACCGUGGCUAGGAAUUGGCACACCUUUAUUGUUUUUCUUCCUUAAACUCCGACCCGUCCCGCUCGAUGCAACGCUAGCCAGGAAUUUGAGUCGCCUUGACUGGAUCGGUAUGGCACUUGUCGUUAUUGGGAUUACGAUUUUUAUUGUGCCUAUCAGUUGGGCAGGCUCCUUAUUUCCGUGGGCAUCUUGGCAGACUCUCCUUCCAUUGUUGUUAGGAGCUGCAGUGCUUGUCAUUUUUGUCUUCUACGAGACGAAGCCCGCGGUACCUAUUGUUCCUCACCGAAUUUUCCACUCCAAGACUGGAAAUCUAACGCUGGUCGGAGGCUUCAUUCACGGCAUGAUUAUGGUAUCACUAUUACAGUACUUGCCCUUACUUUACCAAGCAGUGGAACUCCAGACUGCCAUUUCAUCGGCUAUCUACCUAUUACCUACUGUCAUUAUUAGCGUGGUAGUCGCAGCCGUCUCAAUGAUGAUGGUCCCAUUGUUCGGGGGAUACGUUUGGAUUCUAAGACUUUCAUGGGUUAUACUUACGCUGGGGACUGGAGUUCUAGCCCUCUUCGACGUCGGGUCCUCAACAUCUGUGCGUUACGGCCUUCCUAUUCUCUGGGGGCAAGGCGUUGCGUUAUUACGUCUCAAUAUUCUUCCCAUGCAAGCAAGCGUCAAGAAUGCCGAGGACACAAGCUUAGCCAUGGGGCAGUUUCUCGCCAUUCGCUUGUUUGGAGGUCUUAUCGGCCUUACCAUCUCUUCGGCCAUUUUCAACAAUGUUUUCUCCGCAUCCAUUUCUGAUACUACUAUUCAGCUGACGGGGGCUUUAGCACCUCUGAAAGACGCAUCCAAUGCUGUGAACUUCAUUGACCAUUUGAGAUCACUAGAACUAUCUUCUACCGCGGUAGAUCAAGUUUUACGGGUCUAUCUGGACUGCUUCCGAACAAUAUUCUAUACAAUGACCGGCCUCAGUGGACUGGGCUUAGUGACCUCGGUGUUUCUGGAUGAAAUUGCUCUCAAGGGGCAAGACCUUGGGAACCAGCGCUUCGAAGAAUAG